AUGACAGUUGAUCAGUUGAAUCUCGAUAGAACAGGUUCCAUCCCAUCUCUAGAGAUCUCGUUGUGGCUGUUCAAUAUGUCGGAGCCUGAUGAGGAAAUUAUUAUAAGAAGGUCCACAGUUCUUCCACCGGUUCCUGAGGGUAUGUCGAAGAGGCAGUGGAAGAAAGUGUGGAAGAAACAGCAGUACAAGGACCUGUCGGAAGAAUACGCCAAAGUACGUAAGCAAAAACGUAAGAAGGCUAAGGAGAAUAGAAGAGCCAAGAUCCAGGCAUUUUUAGACCGAGGUGAAGAGAUCCCCGAGGAAUUGAAAAGACCACCAAAGGUCAACGUCAACCAGAAGGAGUCUGGCAUCAAUAUUAUAAUAGACUGUGCAUUCGACGACCUGAUGAAUGAUAAGGAGAUCGUCAGUACGUCAAACCAAAUCACAAGGGCUUAUUCAAGUAAUAGACGAGAACAAUACUCGGCAAAUAUCGUGGUGACGUCUUUCAACAAAAGGCUCAAGGAAAGAUUCGAUGAGGGACUCAAGGGCUGUAACUAUGAGCAAUGGAAAAACUUUAAAUUCACAGCGGAUGAGGAUGCCAUUUUGGAAGCUGACAAGUCCAAAUUGGUGUACUUAACAGCCGACACAGACGAAAAGAUUGACUCAUUGGACUCUGGCAUGACAUACAUCGUCGGAGGAAUAGUCGACAAGAACAGGCACAAACUUUUAUGUUACAACAAAGCCAAAGAACUAGGUAUUCCAGCAAGAAGACUGCCUAUCGGAGAGUAUAUAAACGUGGCGGGAAGGAAAGUGCUGACCACAACACACGUUAUACAACUGAUGCUCAAAUAUUUCGACAAUCACGACUGGAAAGAAGCUCUAGAGUAUGUUUUACCGCCAAGAAAAUUGGAUCAAGCGUCAGAAACCGACCAGACAGAAAACGAUGCUGAGGAGGACAGCCCAGCAGAUCUAACAAACUUAUAG